GGAACAAGUCUUCUUUUUUUAUUUUUCGUUUUCUCCCUUUUUCCUUGUCAUGUUUCUUGCCCCUCUUGUUGCUUGUACUACCAACUAAACCAUGGCUUUCCAUCAUUUUGGCCCCAUGAGUAAUCCUUCUCUGGAGGAUGAUCAUGAGCUCUACCUUUCCGGGACAGAUCUUAUUCACCACCCUCGGGCUGUCCACCUUCAGCGCCAUUUAACCCAUAUUGAGGAUUCCACCAAGGGCCAUUGUUUCCCUCCGUAUGCUUCAUGGACCGAUGAACCUGUCCCGCCCUACCAUGUCGCAUUCCCCAAUGUCAAGAUGGAACUUCACUCUCCUGCUCCUUAUGUCGAUCGCUACCCAUCGCCUUGGAGCGGCGAUCUAUCCUCGACCUCAGGGCCUGACAGCCCCCGCAGUACUGGCUGGGGUAACAAUGUGGGAUGUUACAUGUCCCCGCCAUACACCUACGAGGAUAGUAUGAUUCCUUCAAUGGAUCUCGGCGGCUACCCCUCGCCUGAUGCGCUCGCCGGGCUCAAUCACUCGGUGUCGCCGUAUGAUGUUCAGCACUAUCCAGAGCCGGAGUCAAUGGUCAAGCUUGAACCGCUUGAGCUUGAGCCAAUUCACCGCGUCAUCGACCACACCCCCUCGUACGAGGCCCCUGUGAUCAGCUCCGCAAACACCGAUUACCACGAACCCCUUCCCUCACCAGCUAGUAUUCUUUCCAAGCCGCAGAUCACCCGUCGACGGAGAUCAGCGGGAAGACCGUCCUCGAAUGGAGUGAGCAAGCCCAAUCAGAAUUUCCGUCGCCUCAGUCCCCGGUCCGCUGGAGCGCGAUCUUCAUCCAAAAAGACAGACAAAGAUGCCGCCGGGCGGCUGUUCGUAUGCAGCUUCGCCCCUUACGGAUGCACAAGCACGUUCGUGUCCAAGAAUGAGUGGAAGCGGCAUGUCAGCUCGCAGCACAUCCAGCUCGGCUUCUACCGAUGUGACAUUGGCGCCUGUAACGUGACCUCCAAGGGCAAAUGCCGCAAGGGCCAUGCGAUCGGCGAAUCAUCUCAGCCCAAUGACUUCAACCGAAAAGACCUCUUCACUCAACACCAGCGUCGUAUGCAUGCACCCUGGCAAGACCGGAAACCCCGCCGCGACCCCUCCGAUGAGGAGAACCAGGCCUUUGAGUCGCAGCUCGAAGAAGUGCGCAAGCGCUGUUGGCACCAACAGCGCCAAGCGCCUGCUCACAGUACGUGUGGAUUCUGCGGCAAAGAAUUCAUGGGCGAGCGAAGCUGGGAUGAGCGCAUGGAGCAUGUCGGUCGCCAUUUUGAGAAGGAGGAUAAGAACCUGGAAAAAGAGGAUCUCGGGUUGCGCGAUUGGGCAAUUCGCGAGGGGAUCGUCCAGGUAGAUGCAGGGAAGCUGAAGUUGGCUUCUUUGUGUGGUGGUUGAUUUGAUAAUUUCUUUUGUUUUCUUUUCCUUUGUUCUUUUUCUUUUCUUUUUCCCCCUUCUCAUGACGGACUUUACACAGUUUUAAUUUUCUUUUUUUCUGACGAAAACCUAACGAUGAAUGAUAUCCUGUACUUGUUGUUAGUGUCUUUGUUUUUUUUUUGUUCAUGACUCAUAUCCAGCACAAUACCCA